UUCGUAAACAUUCCAUGGUGCUCUUUGUGCAUGUUGCGCUUCAGAAGAGGCUUUCUGUGUAGUAUAGGAUUUGCGUUUAUCUUCUAGGAAACGACGUAGGAAUGGGUUUGUGUGUCUCCCUUGCUCUCGGAUCAAAUGUGCCUACAGCACGAACACUGUAAAGAGUAGGCUUGUGGUAGAACGUGUUGCGAUUUUUGCCUGGAUAGACGUUAUUUGAGGAUACGGUCCAUUAGUUCGAUCCGGUGUAGUUUAGACUUGAGUGUGAUCGCCGAAAGUUAACGAUCGGGUUAUCCAAGGUCGCCAUUACUGAUUGAAAGAGAGUCACCGUUAGUCACCAACACUGGCCUACGGACGGUGAAGCGUGAUCUUUUUGAGAAAAGUUUCGCUUUGUAUUUUCCGCAGCAAGCAACCGUUUUCAGUUGAUUACAGAUCGUAUAAACAGCGAGGAAGGAAAAUGAGUGACGAUUGGGAAGAGUGCGAUGAGGGACGAAGCUUCGAUCAGCCUAACUUCAAUGAUGUUAGCGAAAGCGUUGCCGGCGAAAAUACCAACAACGGAUUUGAUGGUUACGAAGCAAACAACGGCUUCGAUGACGACAAUAACGGCGGAUUUCAAAGCUACGAAAAUGGUGGUGAAGAUGAUUACGGUAGCCGUCGUGGGGGCCGUGGAGGACGAGGUGGUGGUCGCGGUCGCGGUCGUGGUCGUGGCGGACGAGAUGGUGGUUUUGGCGGCGAAAGGAACGGAAACUACCGUGAUCGCAACGGGGACAGUCGGCCUCCGUAUUCCGGCAACGAUCCGAGCAUGGACGAAGUUAAGUCAGAUAAACCGAAAAGUCUGUACAUUCCACCGUUGCCGACCGAAGAUGAAUCUUUGAUCUUUGGAUCUGGCAUUAGUUCGGGUAUAAAUUUCGAAAAAUUCGACGACAUCGAGGUGCGUGUAUCGGGUGAGAAUCCACCGAACCCGGUGGACAACUUCGAGCAAUCUGGACUGCGCGAGGAGGUGAUGACAAAUGUACGCAAGUCGAAGUACACAAAACCGACGCCCAUCCAGCGUUAUGCCAUUCCGAUUAUCCAGAACGGCCGCGAUCUGAUGGCUUGCGCACAGACUGGCUCGGGUAAGACAGCCGCAUUUAUGCUGCCCAUGAUUCAUAACUUGCUGGACAUGGAAGACGCACUGGAGCUGCGAACGCGCAAUCCGUACAUCGUAAUUGUAGCCCCAACUCGUGAGCUUGCAAUUCAAAUCCACGAAGAAGGGCGCAAAUUUGCACACGGAACAAAGCUGAAGGUGUGCGUAUCGUACGGCGGAACGGCCGUACAUCACCAGCUGCAGCUAAUGCGGGGCGGAUGCCACAUCUUGGUAGGAACGCCCGGCCGAUUGCUAGAUUUUAUUGACCGCGAGCAUCUGACGUUGGAGAACGUCAAAUUCAUGGUGCUGGAUGAAGCUGACCGAAUGCUGGACAUGGGUUUUCUCCCUUCGAUCGAGAAAGUGAUGGGACACGCGACAAUGCCCAACAAGCAAAAUCGCCAGACGCUGAUGUUUUCAGCCACGUUUCCUUCUGAAAUUCAGGAAUUAGCGGGCAAAUUUUUGAACAAUUACAUUUGCGUGUUCGUCGGAAUCGUGGGUGGCGCUUGUGCGGAUGUGGAGCAAACUGUUCAUCUGGUGGAAAAGUUCAAGAAGCGCAAGAAGCUGGAAGAGAUCUUGAACGAGUCAAACCCAAAGGGUACACUCGUGUUCGUGGAGACCAAGCGUAAUGCAGACUAUCUGGCCUCCCUAAUGUCCGAGACUCAGUUCCCGACUACUUCCAUUCAUGGCGAUCGAAUGCAACGUGAGCGUGAAAUGGCCCUGGACGAUUUUAAAAAUGGCCGAAUGGAUGUGUUGAUUGCGACGUCCGUAGCUGCCCGUGGGUUGGACAUUAAAAAUGUGUCCCACGUUAUUAACUACGAUUUGCCCAAGAGCAUCGACGAUUACGUGCACCGCAUCGGCCGUACUGGUCGCGUCGGAAACAAGGGGCGUGCGACUAGCUUCUACGAACCGGAGGCAGACCGGGCCAUGGCGAGCGAUUUGGUCAAAAUCUUGACUCAAGCUGGUCAAUCAGUGCCGGACUUCCUGAAAGAUGCUGGCGGUGCCAGCACUUACAUGGGAGCAUCUCAGUUCGGCGGCAAGGACAUCCGUGACUCGCACGGUUCCCGUGUAGAUGCCCAGCCGGCUGCACUUGAGCCUGAAGAAGCCUGGGAUUAAUGGCGAACGCUUAGCCUCUCUUUAAUUUUUUCUAUUUUUUUUUUUUGCUCAACUUUUCUGAAAUGAAACUCGAAGACAAGUUUCUGUUAAAACAGAGUCAAACUCUAUUAUCUCGUAAAGCGAAAUGCGUAAUUAUUGUUCUACAUCAAUGACCUUAUGUAAUAAAGCACAGAGCAUAAUGCGGCGAGAAUGAUUGUUUAAUAAAUUGAACAAAUCCACUGGGA